AUGCCCACGCUAGUCUGUACUUCUUCGGAUUCUGGGUUGGCUCGCUCGCUCACUACUUGCCUGAAAGCUCCAAAAACCAGAAACUGUCCUCCUCGGUCGGGACUCGGGAAUUGAAAAUCGCACCUCCUGGAGAAUAUUUUCCGGCGUCCUUCCGAAACGAUGCCGGCCGGCGAUUGAGAAGACCGCUACGCUCCGCACCGUACAAGAUCGCAAUGGAUUUGUCAUUGGUUGAUAAAGAACCUGCGGCGGCUGCUGUUCUGCAGCUACAGAGAUGGGGCCCUUCUCUUGCCCACCUAAACCUUUCCGAAUUUCGCCAAGCUUUUAUUUCUCCAACGAGACAGCUAUUGUUACUGCUUUCUUACCACUCCGAAGCCUUGUUUAUUCCUCUACUUAGCGGGGACUCUACAACUGGUAGUAGUAAUCUGGAGACUGGCUCUGGUUUCUGCUCACAAACAUUGACACCCCCUGGCAAGUCAGAUUCAAUAGGGGAUGAUUCAGUUCUAGAUUUUGAUAAUGAUUUCACCUUUGAUAGGGAAAUUGCAAGAUCCGAAAACUACCCUUUUGUUGGUGAUGUUAACUCUUUGGCUUGGGGUAUCUGUGAGGAUAAUUAUGAUCAGAACAAGGAUGCUUUAUUUAGUGAAAUUUUGUUUGUAUCUGGCAAGCAAGGUCUGGUGGUACAUGCUUUUGUUGAAUCCACCCGAAACACUGAUGUUGACAGGAAUGCACUGCAUGGUGAGUAUGUCCAGGGGAGGUGGGUGGAAUGGGGGCCUUCUGCCUCCUUAGUUGAAAAUAUGGUGGUGGAGGAAGCUACCAGCUUGAGUGUUAAUGCCACUGGAAAUAUUGAUUUAAACAGAGCCAAUGGAGACAGUGAAAGUCCCCAUAACAAAUGUAAUGUGCCUGGGAACGACAAGUUGCCAGAAGGCAUUGCUUCUAAGAAAUGGUUGCAAUCUUUUCUGACAAAAGUUGAAACUGUUGAAUACAAUGGUAACAUAUUGACCAAGUUCCCAGAAAAGUCAUUGUUUCCUUGCUCUGCAAAAGUCGUUUCAUUUGGUUUGUUUAAUAGUAAUUUACCAUUUCUGGACUUCCCUUCUAACAGUGAUUCAGUGUCAAAUGAGUGCACCCUGGAAACAGUUCACGAGUCAGAGAGUGAUAACUCUAUAAAUACACAUUUGACUUCAUCUGGUCCGCAUUUCAAAUCUGAAAUUUUGUCUAAUAUUUUUGGUUUUGGAAUGAACUGUUUAUACAAGUGCUCCAGAGUGUUUUCAAGCAAUUCACAUUGCUUUAUUGGAUUUGUUUUCACACAGGUUGAUCCUGUAACUUUGAAUACUAGUGAUGAAAGUGAAAAUACUAAGAAAAAUAAUGUACUUCUAGUUGCUAGAUUAGAUAGGCGGGGAAUUCAGUGUGUUUCCUCAGUGAAGCUUGACGAGUGUCCAAAUAUUGGCUCAGUGGUACAAUGGACAGACUUCCAGUUUUCUGAUAGCCUUCUUAUUUGUCUAAAUGCAUCCGGCUUAGUUGUUUUCUAUGGAGUAAUGUCCGGUGAGUAUGUUGCACAUUUAGGUAUUUCACAGACUUUAGGACUCAACCCUCAGUUGGAUUUUCAUAAGCAAGGAGCAUUGUCUCUAGGUUCUGAGCAACACAGUACUGAAUUUGAUGGAGUUGAUUACAAAAGAGUUUUGCAACAUGGUGAUUCUUCUGAUAGGAGAAUGUUCAAAAGGUUGAUUGCUGCUUCACAUACCUCCCUAAUAGCUGUUGUUGAUGAUUAUGGUGUAAUAUAUGUGAUUUCAGCUGGUGACUAUAUACCGGGCAUGUAUUAUGAAAAUGAGAAAUUACUUCCACAUAUUCAGCAGCAAGGGCUAGGCAUGUUGGGUGGUUGGGAGGUUGGUGGUUGUGAUAUAGGUCACCAAAGGGUAUAUUCUAACAUAUCUGGUUCACAGAAUUCUAUUAUUCAAUCCAUGACAAAUGACAGAUCUUCUUUCCUGGAUGAUUGUGGAAGUAAUGUGCUUAGAAACCAAGAGUUGGACGGUAAGCGAGAAGGGAAGGGAUCCAGCUCAUUUUUGGGUAGAUUUUCUGCUUCAAAAUUAACAGAUCAGAAGCCUUACUACUCUGAAAAGAAGCCACACUUGAUGCGCAAGAUCUUUCUUCCCCCACAAAAGUUUAGGGAAUAUGAUCCCAUCUGUUUCUCUCCAUUAGGAAUUACUCGGCUUGUUAAGAACAGGAAUAUGAUGAACCCGAAGGGUUCUCACAUUGUUCAUCUCAAUCUGCAUGCUGAGUUCGUAGUUUGUGAUGACAACUUUUUGAAUACACGGUGUGAAAUGUUUUAUCUCCAAGGGAGGGAAGAAGCCUUUGUUGGAGAGGCAGUGGGCUGCACUUUCCAGGGAUGUUUUUAUUUGGUAACAGAAAGUGGUCUUUCAGUAGUGCUUCCUUCUGUAUCAGUCUCAUCAAAUUUUCUUCCUCUUGAAGUUAUUGGGUGCGGGCAGUUGACCAAUUCAGGCACCGGAGAUCAAGUUAAAAGCACAAGGGAAAUGAAAGAAUCUCAACAGCCUUGGUCACCCUGGAAUGUUGAAAUUUUGGACAGAGUCCAUCUCUAUGAAAGUGCUGAAGAGGCAGAUCGCUUGUGUUUGGAAAACGGAUGGAACCUGAAAAUAUCUCGGAUGCAUCGACUUCAGUUGGCAUUGGACUACUUGAAAUUUGAUGAGAUAGAACGAUCAUUAGAAAUGCUUGUUGGUGUCAAUUUGGCAGAAGAAGGAGUAUUAAGGUUACUCUUUGGUGCUGUGUAUCUGAUGCUUCAUAAAGUUGGCAAUGAUAAUGAGGUUUCUGCUGCAUCAAGGCUUCUUGCGUUGGCAACUUGCUUUGCAACCAAAAUGAUUCGUAAGUAUUGGUUGGUUGAACAUAAGAAAGAUGCAUAUGAAUAUGAUAGGACCCAGAUGCUUUCACUUCUGCCAGUUUUACCAGAAAAGGUACAAGAUGAAGUGGAAAAUUCAAGAAGACUUCGUGAGAUGGCUCAAUUUUUGGAGAUAAUACGAAACCUGCAAUCUCGACUUGGUUCAAAAUAUAAGAGACCGGACAGAGAAUUGGUGGACAGUGGGGAAACAUCGGCACUACUAGACAAUGAUUUAUCACAGGAUGAAUCUCAGUUGAUAGUUGUUUCUGUAGACCCCGUAUCUUUGGAGACAUCAGAACAACAAGACUUUCCUGUAUCUACAUCUGCCUUUAACUAUUCUGAGAAUCUUGCAUUGACACCUGUGGAUCCUGCAGUGCAUUUGGACCCGGAGGAUUUGAGUGAAGUAUCUCUUGUGCCACGAGGGGGGUUCUUAGAGAAGAAAAUUCUUCCCUUGGAAAACCCCAAAGAGAUGAUAGCACGCUGGAAAAUAGAUAAUUUAGACCUCAAGGCAGUAGUCAAUGAUGCUUUACUCACUGGUCGUCUCCCCUUAGCAGUUCUUCAACUCCAUCUUCAUCGUUCAAGAGAUUCAGUUCCUGGAAAAGAGCCUCAUGAUACUUUCACUGAAGUCCGUGAUAUUGGAAGAGCUAUUGCUUAUGACCUCUUUUUGAAGGGUGAAUCUGGACUUGCUGUGGCCACAUUGCAAAGGCUUGGAGAGGAUGUAGAAGCUAGCCUCAAGCAGUUAUUAUUUGGCACAGUUAGAAGAUAUUUACGAGUGCAAAUCACUGAAGAGAUGAAUAGAUAUGGCUACUUGGGCCCAUAUGAGUGGAAGAUAUUGGAUAGGAUAUCCCUCAUUGAGAGACUUUACCCUAGCAGUAGUUUCUGGAAAACACUUCACGGACGGCAGAAAGAAUUCAUUAGAAUUCCAGCAAGUUCAAGUUUGCCUAAGAGAUAUUAUUUGCGCCUGUUGCAUUCACAUGCAUUCAACAAUUCUACCAUUGAGUGCGAUGACAUUGAUGGAGUUGUUUUUGGUUCAUGGGCAAAUGUCAAUGAAAAUCCUUAUGUUCGUAUGGUUGAUGAAGAUAGUGCUUAUGCUGGAUACUGGGCUUGUGCGGCUGUAUGGUUUAGUUUCUAUGACCAAAGAACCAUUGAACGGAUAGUCUUGGAUCAGCCAUCUUUUAUGGGUGUGCAUGUGUUGUGGGAAUCACAGCUUGAGUACCAUGUAUGCCACAGCGACUGGGAGCAAGUCUCUAGACUCCUGGACCUUAUUCCACCACAAUUUUUAGCAGUUGGAAGCCUCCAAGUCAGCUUGGAUGGGUUACAGCCUGUUUCAAAUGUUGGAUGCAGUAGGCGAUCUGAUUAUGGUGCUUACCUGUGCUCUAUUGAAGAAUUGGAUGCUGUCUGCAUGGAUGUUCCAGAAAUCAAAGUUUUCAGGUUUUCAUGUAAUAACAUGUGCUCCAUAUGGUUAAGGAUGCUGAUGCAAGAGAAACUUGCGAGAAACUUUAUUUUCUUAAAGGAAUAUUGGGAAGGCACUGCUGAUAUAUUACUUCUGCUUGCCCGUUCUGGCUUCAUUACUAGCAAGUGUGAAGUGCCUUCCAAGGAUGAUAAGAUUGAGAGUUUAUCAGUCCCUCAAUUUCCACAUGAAUGUGGAAAAUUUCAUGUCGGGACCUUGCAAGCCUUGCAUAAGCUACUCAUACAUCAUUGUGCGCAGUAUAACUUGCCAUACCUUCUGGACCUUUACCUGGACCAGCAUGAGUUGUUACAAGAUAAUAAUUCACUUGCAUCAUUACAGGAAGCUGCGGGAGAUUGUGAAUGGGCAAGAUGGUUGCUCCUCUCUAGGGUAAAGGGGUGCGAGUAUGAAGCAUCAUUUUCUAAUGCUCGCACGAUCAUGUCACACAAUCUAGUUCCUGGUAGUAACCUAAGCGUUCCAGAGAUGGAUGAAAUAAUUCGUACCGUUGAUGACAUUUCUGAAGGAGGGGCAGAAUUGGCAGCUGUGGCAACCUUAAUGUAUGCUUCUGUCCCAGUUCAAAGUUGUCUGAGUAGUGGUAGUGUAACGAGGCAUAGCAGCACAUCAGCCCAGUGCACACUAGAGAAUCUUAGGCCUACUCUUCAGCGUUUCCCUACAUUGUGGCAAUCAUUUGUAUCAGCAUGUUUUGGGCAUGAUCCCAUUUCCAGUUUUUGGGGGCCUAAGGCAAAUAAUGAUUAUAUAAAUUGGCGCUGCAAAAUAUUUUUCUCUUCUGGAUGUGAUACAUCACUUCGACAAAUGCUGCCAUGCUGGUUUCCUAAGCCUCUACGGAGACUGAUUCAGCUUUAUGUGCAGGGUCCUCUUGGAUGGCAAACAGUGUCAGGUCUGCCAAUAGGAGAAGGUUUGUUACACAGAGAUGCAGAAUUUUUCAUAAAUGCUGAUGAGGAUACUGAGUUCGGCGCAAUCUCCUUGGAAGCUACCAUCCAAAAACACAUUCAGGAGGAACUCUAUAAUUCUGCGCUUGGGGUAUCUGAAAAUUCACUUGGCUUGGAGCACCAUUUACAUCGUGGACGUGCACUAGCAGCUUUUAAUCAUUUACUUACUGCGAGAGUUCAAAAACUGAAGUCAGAAAGGCAAGCGCAUGGACAAACAAAUGUUCAAGCAGAUGUUCAAACACUUCUUGGACCUAUAAAAGAAAGUGAAAAGUCUCUUCUUGCAUCUGUCAUGCCAAUUGCAAUUAUGCAUUUUGAGGAUUCUGUGUUGGUGGCAUCAUGUGCUCUCCUCCUGGAGGUUUGUGGCUUUUCUGCCAGCAUGCUCCGCAUAGACAUUGCAGCCUUGAGACGGAUUUCUUCUUUUUACAAAUCGAAUGAAAAUAUUGAGAGCUUACGGCAACUUCCAACCAAGAGUUCUGAAUUUCAUGCAGUUAGCCAUGAAAGUGAUAUAACAGUAUCUAUUGCUCAAGCUCUCGCAGAUGAAUAUCUGCACCAGGAUAUUUCAAGCAAUGGUAAGCAAAAGGGUACUCCAAAUGUAGCUGCUAGUAGACAACCUUCACGAGCUCUCAUGCUUGUUUUACAUCACUUGGAAAAAGCUAGCCUUCCUCAAACGGUGGAUGUAAAGACAUGUGGUUCUUGGCUUUUGAGUGGCAAUGGUGAUGGAAUGGAGUUAAGAUCUCAGCAGAAAGCUGCAAGCCAUCAUUGGAAUUUAGUUACAGUUUUUUGUCAGAUGCAUCACCUUCCUUUGAGUACAAAAUACCUUUCUGUAUUGGCAAGAGACAACGAUUGGGUCGGAUUUUUGUCGGAAGCUCAGAUUGGAGGAUAUCCUUUUAAUACGGUGGUCCAAAUGGCAUCAAAGGAGUUUAGUGAUCCACGUCUCAAAAUUCAUAUUUCAACAGUUUUGAAAGGCAUGCAGUUAAGAAGAAAAGCUAGCUCCUCCUCGUAUUUAGAUACUACAGAAAAGAAUAGCGAAGUGUCCUUUCCAGAAGAAAACAUUUGUGUCCCGGUCGAACUCUUUAGAAUAUUAGCAGAAUGUGAAAAGCAGAAAUUUCCUGGAGAGGCCAUUUUGAUGAAAGCGAAGGAGUUGUCCUGGUCAAUUUUGGCAAUGAUUGCCUCUUGCUUUUCAGAUGUGUCUCCAAUAUCUUGCCUAACAGUCUGGCUGGAAAUUACUGCUGCAAGGGAAACUUCUUCUAUUAAGGUGAAUGAUAUUGCUUCCAGAAUUGCAAGAAAUGUUGGAGCAGCCGUGGAAGCUACUAAUUCCCUUCCAGCAGGAAGUAAAGGCAUGUGUUUUCAUUACAAUAGGAAAAAUUCAAAACGAAGGCGGCUUUUGGAGCCCAUCUCAAGAGAUCCCUCAGAUGCUUCAAUUUCUAAUAUUUCAAAUUCUCUUCCACGUGCAAAUAUAUUUGAUUCCCCGGGCCUUAUUUCUAAAGGGGAAAGAAAGAUAGAACUUGGGGAAAGUAUGAAUGUUUCCAGUGAUUCUGAGGAAGGGCCUGCUUUGCUGUCCAAGAUGGUUGCAGUGCUUUGUGAGCAACACUUGUUCCUGCCUUUGUUAAGGGCAUUUGAAAUGUUCCUUCCGUCAUGUUCUCUCUUACCUUUCAUACGUGCUCUCCAGGCAUUUUCACAAAUGCGCCUAUCUGAAGCCUCAGCGCAUUUGGGUUCAUUUUCUGCCCGAAUUAAAGAAGAAUCAACACGCCUGCCAGUAAAUGUUGGACGAGAAGCGCAGAUUGGUACAUCAUGGAUCAGCUUCACCUCCAUUAAAGCUGCAGAUUCAAUGCUUUUGACAUGUCCAUCUCCUUACGAGAAAAGAUGUUUACUGCAACUGCUUGCUUCAACUGAUUUUGGAGAUGGAGGGUCCGCAGCAACAUACUACCGACGUCUUUAUUGGAAAAUUAAUUUAGCAGAGCCAUUAUUACGCAAGGAUGACAUUUUACAUCUUGGGAGCGAGACUUUAGAUGAUGUUUCCCUUGCAACGGGACUGGAGAAUAACAGGCACUGGGAGCAGGCACGGAACUGGGCCAGACAGUUGGAGGCCAGUGGUGCACCUUGGAAAUCUGCUGUUCAUCGUGUAACUGAAAAUCAGGCUGAAUCAAUGGUAGCUGAAUGGAAGGAGUUUCUUUGGGAUGUUCCAGAGGAGAGAAUUGCAUUAUGGGGCCAUUGCCAAACGUUGUUCAUCAGAUACUCUUUCCCAGCUUUACAGGCUGGGUUAUUUUUCCUGAAACAUGCAGAAGCUUUGGAAAAAGAUCUUCCAGCUAGAGAGCUUCAUGAGCUGUUGCUGCUUUCUCUACAAUGGUUAAGCGGGAUGAUAACCCUGUCCAGUCCAGCUUAUCCACUUCAUCUUAUUCGAGAAAUCGAGACUAAAGUGUGGCUCUUGGCAGUAGAAUCAGAAGCACACAUUAAGGAUGAAGGAGACUUCAAUUUAAGCAGUUCCAGCCGUGACCCGAUUAUGAAAAAUAGCUCCAGUAUUAUUGACCGGACUGCAUGUCUAAUAACAAAAAUGGACAAUCAUGUUGGUACAUUUAAGAAUAGAACGGUUGAGAAACAUGAUCCAAGAGAAAAUAACCAGGCACAUAACAAGAACUAUGUAUUAGAUACUAGCUUUCCAAUGACCACAGGGGGGAGUACAAAGACAAAGCGGAGGACAAAGGGGUACGGGCUGUUAAGACGGCCACCACUUGAUGCGGUAGAGAAGCACACUGAUCUUCAUGAUGGUUCCAACCCUCCCAACGUUAGAAGUGAUUUACAAUCUCAGGACGAAAACAUAAAAAUGGAAAUGUCAUUUUCACGAUGGGAGGAAGGGGUAGGACCAGCAGAGCCGGAAAGUGCUGUUCUUUCCUUAUUGGAAUUUGGACAAAUAGCAGCUGCAAAGCAACUCCAGCAUAAGCUAUCUCCAGAUAAAAUCCCAUAUGAAUUUGUAGUUGUGGAUGCUGCAUUGAAACUUGCAGGAAUGUCUUCAAGUAAGAAAGUAUCCUUAUCAAUGCUAGAUGAGGAGGUGCGUUCUGUUAUGCAAUCGUACAACAUACUGAAUGAACAGCAUCAAGUUGACCCACUGCAGGUUUUGGAGAGUCUUGCAACCAAUCUUUCUGAAGGUUGUGGGCGUGGAAUAUGUAAGAAGAUAAUAGCAGUCGCCAAAGCCGCAACCAUCUUAGGCAUUUCAUUUUCCGAGGCAUUUGAUAAGCAGCCAAUUGAAUUACUACAGCUGCUUUCCCUUAAAGCACAGGAGUCAUUUGAGGAGGCGCAUCUCCUUGUAAGAACUCAUUCAAUGCCAGCGGCCAGUAUUGCUCAAAUUCUUGCAGAAUCCUUUCUAAAGGGCUUAUUGGCUGCUCAUCGUGGAGGGUAUAUGGAUUCUCAAAAGGAAGAAGGACCUGCUCCUUUAUUGUGGAGAUUUUCAGACUUCUUGAAGUGGGCAGAGCUUUGCUCUUCUGAGCAAGAAAUUGGACAUGCAUUGAUGCGUUUGGUUAUUACCGGACAAGAAGUACCACAUGCCUGUGAGGUUGAGCUUCUAAUUUUGUCCCACCACUUCUACAAAUUAUCAUCUUGCCUUGAUGGAGUUGAUGUUCUUGUAGCCCUCGCAGCUACUAGGGUAGAAGCGUAUGUAUCUGAGGGUGAUUUUUCAUGUUUGGCCCGUCUCAUAACUGGAGUAGGAAACUUCCAUGCCCUCAAUUUCAUUCUUGGAAUUCUGAUAGAAAAUGGUCAACUGGAUCUCCUUCUUCAGAAGUAUUCUGCUGCGGCAGAUGCAAGUGCUGGCACUGCUGAGGCUGUUAGAGGGUUUCGAAUGGCUGUUCUCACAUCACUCAAGCAUUUCAAUCCAAAUGACCUUGAUGCCUUUGCUAUGGUCUACAAUCAUUUUGACAUGAAACAUGAAACGGCUGCUCUCUUAGAGUCACGAGCGGAGCAGUCAUCUGAGCAGUGGUUUGGCCGUUAUGACAAGGAUCAGAAUGAAGAUCUUUUAGACUCUAUGCGGUAUUACAUUGAAGCUGCUGAAGUUCACAAAUCCAUCGAUGCUGGCAACAAAACACGCGCUGCAUGCGCUCAGGCUUCCCUUGUGUCCCUUCAAAUUCGAAUGCCUGACUUCCAGUGGCUGUACCGUUCGGAAACCAAUGCCAGGCGGGCCCUUGUUGAACAGUCUCGUUUUCAAGAAGCCCUCAUUGUUGCUGAAGCCUAUGGCCUUAAUCAGCCAAGCGAGUGGGCUUUGGUACUUUGGAACCAGAUGCUGAAACCAGAAGUAAUGGAAGAGUUUGUGGCUGAAUUUGUGGCCGUGCUUCCUCUCCAGCCUUCGAUGCUUGCUGAUCUAGCAAGAUUUUAUAGGGCAGAGGUGGCAGCGAGAGGGGACCAAUCCCAACUCUCGGUUUGGCUAACGGGGGGAGGGUUGCCAGCUGACUGGGCCAAGUAUCUGGGGAGGUCGUUUAGAUGCUUGUUGAGAAGGACGAGAGAUUUGAAGCUGCGGUUACAACUGGCUACUGUCGCUACUGGCUUUGGGGAUGUCAUUGAUGCAUGCAUGAACGCAUUAGAUAGGGUUCCGGACAAUGUUGGACCACUUGUACUCAGGAAAGGUCAUGGUGGUGCCUAUCUCCCGCUAAUGUGAGUCACUCACUUCAUUAGUUCAAACCUCAGGAGGAUUUUGUAUAUUCGGGAGAGUCUCUGUCUGUAAAUUAUUUAACAGGUUUGCGAGAAAAUUACGGCAUGUUUUGUAUCCUAUUAAAAACGUGUUUGGUAUGAAAUUCAAAAUUGCUUUUAAAUCUUUAA